ACACCUCCCCCACAUUAUCUCAGCCUGUCCUCACACCCUGCAGACAGGAUGGAGUAGAGGAAGGAUGCCCCAAUCAUAAGGAUCUAGCACAUCUUCGCCAUGAGUAUAGCCGUGUCUCCAGUGGCCAGUGAGGCUGCCUCUCCUAUGAUCACCUCAGUCACACCCACCUUGGAGUCCAGCACUAAGGAAGACCCAUGUAGGCCUGGUGGGAGCGAAGAUGGAGUUCUUCAGAGCCCAGAUCGUCGGCAGAGUUAUAAGAAACCCCCUCCACUGCACACAGGAGCCGACUGGAAGGUGGUGCUGCACCUACCUGAGAUCGAGACCUGGCUGAGAAACACAGCAGAGAGAGUGAGAGAGCUCACCCAAUCAGUACAGCAGGACAGCCUAAACAGACAUGUGGAUGCUCAUCUGGUGCAGCUCAAGGACAUCUGUGAGGACAUCUCGGAUCAUGUGGAGCAGAUUCAUGCUCUGCUGGAGACUGAGUUCUCCCUGAAGCUGCUGUCUUACUCUGUGAACAUCAUUGUGGACAUCCGCAGUGUACAGCUGCUGUGGCACCAACUCCGGGUGUCUGUGCUGGUUCUGAAAGAGAGGCUUCUGCAGGGUCUACAGGACUCCAACGGCAACUACACCCGACAGACGGAUAUACUGCAGGCCUUCAGUCAGGACCACGACCAGGCUCGACUGGACUCUCUGACAGAGGUAGAUGACUCGGGUCAACUGAUCAUUAAAUGCAGUCAGGAUUAUUUCUCUCUGGACUGUGGCAUCACAGCGUAUGAGCUGAACGACUACAGCCCCGGUGAGGAUCCGGAGGGAAGAAGCACUGGCCAGGACCCACGCAGCCUCUAUCCUGAGCUUGAGCGAGACUUCCCUGAAUUGCUCCAGAGUGUGGAUCUCCUCACCAUUGCAGCCUCCAGACAAAGCCAAGAAUCAUCUUCACCUGAACAAGAGGAACCACCAAAAUCCACCCAAGAGCCUGAAGGGGAACUAACAAAACCAACUCAGGGGUCCCAAAACAAACUAAUAAAUCAGUCACCAAACACAGACAUGGCCAUGUCAGGUAGCAACAUUUAUGAGGACAACCUGGGUCUCUCCAAGCGUCCACAUCAGGGCUCCCACAGCAUUGAGGUAUCUCCUACUCAACCCUCCACGCCCAAGAAGCCCAUGUAUGUAGAUGGAUCCGGUCUUCAUUAUCAGGCUGACCUUAGCAGAAGCACACCCUCUCUUCUAGACCUGCCCGAUCGCUCCAAGUUCUGGCUAGAGCUGGAGAGCGUGUACCCCAACAGUGGGAGCCAAUCUGAAGAGAAUCUUUGUGUCCUGAAUGCAAAGAACCGGCAGGGACAUCCUCAAGCAACUAUCCAGAAGUGUCUGGUUCCUGGUAGGGUCCAAAUACCUCUCCAGAGAAGCUCAUCUGAGGCUGCGCAUAAAUACGAUGCUGAAAACUCAAACUGUAAGCCUCAACGGUCAGAAACCAAGCAGGCAAACAGUGCCUCCUCCAGCCGUCCGCCCACCUCAGCAGAAGAAACCACUGACCAUGAUUCACGAGAAAGCUCCUCCAGUCUUGAUGGUUAUCUUCAAACCACAGAUUCUCUGGUGAUCGAGUCCAAACAGGGCAGACAAAGUAGCCCUAAAGAAGAGUGCUGGUAUGGAUCAGAGGAGUUCCUAGCACUUCCUGCACAGCUGAAAAAGACUGAGAUGCUGGCGUUAAAGCUAGAGAGCUUGGCGCAGGCGUUACCCCCGAGAGCCAUGCAGCAGUCAGUUCAGGAUGUGGAUGAUUGGGAGCUGACUGAAGCUAACCUAGAGUGGGAGACCAGCACUCCUCCACUCCCUCCCAGGUCCUCUAAGAACCAUUUCUUAACUGGGAGGUUUUCGUCCGCUUCAAGUGACAUUGCUCCCUCUAUAGAUGAAAGUAUCGAUUCUGGUCCUCUCAGUGACCUUCUGUCAGAAGAUGAGGGGAGAUGGAGCGCACCCAAAUCCCAGAGAGUUGAGAAUAUUUCUAGUCAGCCUGAAGCCUCCAGGAUGGUGCUACACUAUACAUCGCUGAUCCAGCAGCUACUGGAGGACAUCCAACAUCAGGAGAACUACCAGAAUAUUUGGGGAAAGCUAGAGGGCUUUGUCUCUAAACUGGAUGAGUUUAUCAGCUGGCUGAGGGAGGCGCUGGAGAGUACUGAGAACUGGACUCCGCCACAAGCUGAUAUCAACAGCCUUAGACUUUACCUGGAAACACACCUUAGCUUCAAGUUGAACGUGGACAGUCACUGCUCACUGAAAGACGGUCUACUGGAGGAGGGGAGGCAACUGCUGGAGCUCAUCACCUCCCACAAAUCAGACCUGCGGGACAUGCUACAGAUGAUUGCACACCAGUGGCAGGAAUUGCAGAGGCAGAUCCGCCGGCAGCACAGCUGGAUGCUGCACACACUAAGCAUGGUCAAAGCCCACAUCCUGGCUGGAGACAGAGACGAGGACCCCAAACACACAGAGGACCACGAUCUUCACGCCACCCCUGAGAUGCAGGUGCACCUGUCUCACAAAGAGGCCCAGAGGGAUUUUCUGGAUCAGAUGAAUGUAAAACUCAAGAGUCAAAAGUACUGUUCCAGCUCCAGCAGGAAGAAAGAUCUGUCCCUCAUGUCCAAGUCCAACAGCUUAUCAGAGUUUGAGAGCGAGUACCAGGAGAUCUGGGAUUGGCUGAUGGACAUGGAAUCCAUCGUUACUGACAGCCACAAACUGAUGAUGUCAGAGGAGCAGCGGCAUCAUCUCUAUAAGGGGAACAGUGUGGAGAUGACCAUUUGGCUUCCUAAGAAGACACAGCUCUUGGGCUGGGCUGAGAGUCUAAAGAGGAGUAGUAUUGAGCUGCCUGAUGACUUUGAGGAGCACAUUACUGCUCUCAGGGCAAAGUGGGAUCAGCUAGAGAAAACCCUAAGAGAACACGUGGAUGUGAGCAACGGUGAUCCAUGUGCCCGUGGGCUGCUCUCUCCUGGUACCAGCAGCAUGGUUGCCCAGCUGCAGUUUAAAAUCAAGGAGCUAAAGAGCUGGCUCAGAGAGACUGAGCUUUUUAUCUUUAACCUGAAUCUCAGAGAGGACACACUGCACAACAAGCGCACCAUCAACUCCAGCAAUGCUCAUCAAGAUCCAGUCCUACAAAACGACCCACAGCCAGACCAGGAGCAAGAGCCACAAAUAGAACCACAAGCUGUCAAGCAGCUGGAGCACUUCAAGGCUCUGUGUAUGGAGGUGCGGGGCCGGAGGAGGGGGAUGGCCUCAGUACUGCGUCUGUGCCAGAGGUUGCUUGAGGGACCGGAAGAACAAAGCUCAGAAACUGAGCGCCAGUCUCUGCGACUGCUUCAAGUGAACCUGGAGAGGCGAUGGGAGGCCAUUGUCAUGCAGGUUCUCCAAUGGCAGAGUCACCUCAAGCGCACUUUGGGCCGAGAACAGGUUUCAGGGAACCAAAUGGAACCAUCGCUUAUGGAUCUCCGUGGCCCAAUAGAAGACUCUUGGGAAUGGGAUGAAAUGGAUAUGGCCAUAGUUAACAUGGAGUCACAAGAAUUUGACAAGCAAAUCCUUCUUCCUCAAACCCACCAGUGUUCUGCUGAAGAGCAACUAAAUACUACUGAGUCAUGCCCCAGACAUUCUACAACAAGCCUGAAUUCCCCUCCAUCGAAUACAAAUUCCUCCCACGUUUAUCAAGUGUUCAGUCUACAUAGUAUGGAGAUGUACAAACAGCCAGAGUUCAAUCAAAAGACAUUAAAAACUCCAACUAAAACCAAAGGAAAGCAGACACUGCUAAAAAGUUUGAGCAAGGACUCAUCUUUCUCCUCUGCAGAGUCCCUACCUGAUAUUCUAGCGGGACUAGUGAGCGGGAAACAGGCGCUGUUAACAGAGUCAACUAGGAGAUCAGAGAGCGAGAGUGGAAUAGUCAGUGAAGGCGACACAGAGACAACAGCCAAUUCUGAGAUUUGUCUUCUUUAUCAGAGUGAUGAUAUGAAGGUUCAGGUUACUGUCACUCCCCCUGUCCUUUUAGAAUCACCUGGUAUAGACAAAGUGUCUGAUGAAGACAUAGACAGGAUACUGGAUCGUGCCAACAAGUGUGCAGAACUCGGAGACAGUUUGGCAAAUGAGACCAAGGACCAACUAUAUUGCAUGGAAAGGAGGAACAGAGAGGAGAAUGGAGCCAGCAGAAUGUUGCACAACAAGGAAUCAGUGGAGAUUUUUCUUAAUGGCCAAUGUCUGAGCCCUGAAUCUGAGGAUGAGGGCCAUUACACUGGAGCUUUCAGUACUAGAUAUGAUGAAAAUAGUAAAGUCAGGAGAGAGUCUACUCAGCUGUCUCAUGCGUCCUCCUCAGAUUCCCUUUAUGCAAUGGGAGAGUUAUUUCCAUCAGCCAAGGAGACUCUUACACGCAGCAUGUCACUGGAGAGUUGGCUGGCUCCAUGUAAGAGUUCAGGGGAAGCAUGCAGUCAGGGAAGCCUAGGGGACAUUGACCUAGCCACAGAGUCCACUGGGGAGUUGAGCAGAAGAACCCUGGACCUCCUUAAACGACUUGAGAACAUCCAGACCCCCCUUGUGCAGAAGUUGACCCGCAGCAUUUCCGACAUCACCCUCCAGAGCAACUCUUUGCAUCUUUUAGGUCAAGGGCCCUGCUCAGGGGGUGCUCCUUCCUCCAUUAAUGAGAGCUUGGCAGCUUCCCUCACAGAGCUUAGCAGCAUUGAUGAUUCAUCGGUAGCAUCGGAGGAUCUGGCAGUGCAAAGGAACCGCUUCAUGGCUGUUAACUCCAAUGCUUCUUUUCGGAAGCAUAGCCGCAGCCAGCAUCUAAUGGAUGACGCAGACGCCAAUGUCAGCAUGGUGGUAAACGUGUCAUGUACCUCAGCCUGCACCGAUGAUGAGGAUGACAGUGACCUGCUCUCUAGUUCCACUCUUACUCUUACUGAGGAAGAACUUGGAAUCAAAGAUGAUGACUCCAGUAUUACCUCUGAGGAGGAAUAUAUAGAGGGCACGUUUGCACUGGGGCUUGACUAUGUAAAGGGUGAAUUUCCAGGCUGGAUCAAACCCAGAGCCCAGAUCAAAGAAAAGAAUGAGGCAGAUCUUGGUGAUGAAUUGCAAUGUGGCGCAGUGUCCAAAGAGAUUUUGUCACCUGUAAGGGCUGUCAGUGAUCGAAAUGUCUUGAAUCGGUCUGCUCUAAAGCUCUUAGAGGGCAAUGCCAACACUAAAAAUGACAGCCUCAAGCAACAGGAGGUGGACAGUGACCGCAGGGAUGCUACCAGAAAUUACAUUGGCAGUUUUGUCGAUGACAUGGAAAAUGGGAAUGUGGACAGCUCCCACAUCAAGGGAAAAGACGAGGAUGACCUACUCAGAGAAGAAAAGAGUCUUUUUACCAAAACAGGAGAAUCCUUCAAGGACUGCUACAACAUGGAUGUUUUAACUAGAGAUAUGGCUAUAGUAAUGUCUUCAUCCCCAUCUUUACGUGAACAGAUUAACUUGCAGUUAAACGAGUCGCCUCUAGAAGGUCAGCUAAAAGGCGAGUUGCCAUGCUACAGCUCCCAUCGCCAGAAUGCUUCUUUGUCCCCAGUAGAGAAGUGCUCCACGUCCCACCACAAAACACUGGGCACAUCUCAUAUAAGUUCCCAGGAUCACUUUCUGGACAAUUUCCAUGAAAGUCAUACAGAGAGCUCAUCAGACUGCUGCAGCCACCCGUCCUUUCCUUCUGAACAGGAGAAGAGUGAGAAUGUCCACAGCUUUGUGAUGGAGAUCAUUGACAUGACAUCUGUGGCACUGAAAACUAAAGAAGCCCAAGCAGAGCAACCUCAGGAGUCAUCCAGCUCAACAUCAGCCUCUCAGAUCAGAGAGAAAGUUCUGGAACAUUCCCAUCGGCCCAUCCAUCUACGCAAGGGCGAUUUCUAUUCCUACUUGUCACUUUCCUCACACGAUAGUGAUUGUGGGGAGGUCAACACCUGCACAGAAGACAAGAGCAGCACCCCAGUUCUAGCAAGAACCCCAGAAAUCUGUGAUGAAGAGCCUCUGUUUGAGGCCUGCACAGAGGAAGUCUACCUAGGUCCACCUCUCUGCUACAGCAUGUCUAUUAGCAAACGGCCCAUGCGACGCAGCAACAAAAUAAUAGACCCUAUCAGUCCCAUGAGCCAGGUUCCUCCACCACCUUGUGCUGAAUACCAAAAAGUAUGUGGUAUUUCUCCAGGAAGUGUAGAUGGAACCCAGUCACAGUGCCAUAAUGAGGCUCCUUAUCUUAAUCCUUUACCAUGUGAAACCCUGAUAGACACUGUUGAAUGUUUUGCAGAUACUAAAAUGCUUGAAUCCAAUAUUUCCCCUGUAAUGACUAAGAUAAGAGUCUCUUGCUCCAGUACAAAUCCUUUAAAAGAGGAAAGCAGUUUCUAUAUUAAUCCUAAAAUUAACUGUCCCCCGAUAAGAAAAAGUGAUAGGGAUGAAAGAGGUGAUGCUUCACAGUGGAUGAAACAGAAGAAUGUCAAAAAAGGGCACAGCUCUCCUCAGGAAGCCAAAGCAACUCAAAAACAGCUGCCAAGGUCAGCGAGUGGCAGUGGACUGGCAGAGACAGGCCGCAGGGUUUUGUUUAGCACUCGCCAUUCAGACAGUUCAUCUGCAGUGAAGAGUGGAGCAAGUAGCAAACCUCAGGCCAAGAGACUUUCGGGACGUCCUGCUAUCCCUGCGAGUAAGCCCUAACCCUAAACCCUUAUGUUUCUGCAUCAUUACUCUGCGAGUGGGAUCUUCUCAUUCUGGUGCAUGGACCUCUUACAUGGUACUGCAAUAUUCUGGCAUCUUCAUGUACAGAUUUAGUGCUCCAAAGACUUCAAAAUGACCCCAAUUCUGUCUACUCACUGCUCCUACUGGAUUUAGAACUAAGCUACUUUGUUGUGCUUCCACUAAACAGCCUGAGACACACAAUCACAUAGACAAAGUAGCUUUCAUUAUAUCUACAACGAGGACUAAAUCAUCUGUAUCAUCUCUUUAUUGUUAAGUAUUGCAUCUACUAGAAGCUGCAGCACAUUGCAGAGGUCAACAUAAUAAUGGUAUUCCUUACAGCCGACCAGGAAAGCACCUCAGCUUUAUUCAGCUCUAGUUGUUUGUGUAAGAUGCUCUUGCAGGUAAAAAGCCUGGACCAGAGACUGUUAAAAUAUAAAUGAGUGUUGAAAUUAGAGCUAUCUAUGCAACCCAACAGAGAUGUGUGGUUGUGUGGCAUGGAUAUUCCACCAGUUGAUGGAAUGUUAUAUACAGUUUUAUGUUUAUUUAUUUUAAUUCUUAGAACUUGGAAAGACAACACAAACAUGUUUUAAACUUUAAAGAGUUUUGUGCCUUGCAAACAUUUCUUAUAACUUUUGUUAAUACACUGCUUUUCACUGUUCAGUAAUUAGUAAGAACGUUUACCUACAAGCAAGGUUAAGGCUAAUGAAUGGGCAUCUGUAUAUAUGCAUACUGUACGUUCAAAUGUUGGUGUACAAUGACAGUAUAAAUGCUUUGUGGUAAUGUACAACUCUGUGUUCUGUGAUGUUGAUAAUUAUAAGCCUUACCAAGCUACAAUGCAUGACUGACAUAAAACUCUUCAGAA